ACAAAGGCCAAGAACAACUUCAAGCAAAUGCCGUCAUUUGUCCAGGGUCAGCCUCUCCCUGUGCACUCGCCUCCACCCUCUCGCAGAGCCCGGAUCAUGCACGACUCCUUCGCUGUCCAUUGCCUGAAGGUGCUGAAGGAGCUCUUGGCCUUCGUGUUGUUCAGCUACACGGUGCUGUUCGGGGCACUGCUGCUGGCGGGCUGGACCACUUACUUCCUGGUGCUCAAGUGACAGAUCUUCCCGCUCUCCA